AUUUCCAAAACUCCUGAUUUCCAGGAACCAAUGUCAGAUGAUGAUUUUUUUUUCCUCCUUGGUGCAACAGGAUAGCUUCUAGAGUGGGACUUGGCAGAGUGACUUAUGCACUGGCAACAUACCAACCUGUUUCUUAUCAACGUGUCCAAGAUUUACUCCUGGGAGACUCUGGCAGGGUCCAGAGAGCAGAAGGGUUAUAAAGCCAGGAGGGCUCAGGGGAGAAACAGUGGGUCCUGCAGGUGGCCAGCGCACAGCAGGACUAAGGUAUCACUUGGGAGGUAGCUCGCACCUGUUCUCCCACCCGAAGAAAGAUGGAGAACAGAGAGGCCGGAGCACCUCUGCCUGUCCCACCCAGGGAGGGGGCCGAGGUGGCCCCACAGUGUGCCAACCUGGGCCUUCACCGCCCACAGCGGCUCCAGCCCACACUGGUGCUGGCGACCCUGAGCGCUGCCUUCGGCUCGGCCUUCCAGUAUGGCUACAACAUCGCAGUGGUCAACACGCCACACAAGGUCUUGAAGUCAUUCUACAAUGAAACCUACUUCGAGCGACACGCCACCUUCUUGGACGAGAGGCUCAUGCUGCUCCUGUGGUCUUGCACCGUAUCCAUGUUUCCCCUGGGAGGCUUGCUGGGGUCCCUGACGGUCAGCCUGCUGGUUGACAGGUGUGGCAGAAAAGGUGCCCUGCUGAUCAACAACAUCUUCGCCAUCAUCCCUGCCAUCCUGAUGGGAGCCAGCAAAGCGGCCAAGGCUUUUGAGCUGAUCAUCUUUUCCCGAGUGCUGCUGGGAGUCUGUGCAGGCAUCUCCUACAGCGCUCUUCCCAUGUACCUGGGAGAACUGGCUCCCAAGAAUCUACGGGGCACAGUUGGAACAAUGACCGAGGUUUUUGUCAUCCUUGGAGUUUUCCUAGCACAGAUCUUCAGCCUCCAGGCAGUCCUGGGCAAUCCUACAGGCUGGCCGGUGCUCCUGGCCCUCACGGGGGUGCCCGCCCUGAUUCAGCUGCUCUCCCUGCCCUUCUUCCCUGAGAGCCCCCGCUAUACCCUGAUUCAGAAAGGAGAAGAAGCCACAGCACGGCAAGCUCUGCGGAGGCUGCGAGGCUGCGCAGACGUGGAGGCCGAGCUGGAGGACAUGCGCACUGAGGCCCGGGCGGAGCGCGCCGAGGGCCGCCUGUCGGUGCUCAACCUCUGCGCCUUCCGGGCGCUGCGCUGGCAGCUGCUCUCCGUCGUGGUGCUCAUGGCCGGCCAGCAGCUGUCGGGCAUCAACGCGAUCAACUACUACGCAGACAUCAUCUACGUGUCCGCUGGCGUGCAAGCUGCUCACUCCCAGUACAUAACUGUGGGUGUUGGUGUGGUCAACAUAGUGAUGACAGUCAUCUCGGCUUUCCUGGUGGAGCGACUGGGGCGGCGGCACCUCCUGCUGGUCGGUUACGGCAUCUGCGGCUCCGCCUGCCUGGUGCUCACCCUGGCGCUCCUCUUCCAGAACACAGUCCCUGCGCUGUCUUACCUUGGUGUCAUCUGUGUCUUUGCCUACAUCUCAGGACAUUCCAUUGGGCCCAGGACAUUUACUAGGUACCAACCAGUGUUACAGCCAGGUGGUGCCCCGCUAAUCUUGGUGGCUCUCAAAGGUGCCCAGACUUGGGUCUGACGCCCAACAAGGAGAUGAACCUUUGCAGAGAAAGAGUUUGCACCAGCCAGACCCCCCGGGGAACCUCUUAGUCCCCCGUCUUUGGUGCCACCAACUGCUACAAUCCUUUUGUAUUGUCCCCACGUCCAUGUGCCAGUGUCUUCGGACCUUCACCUGGGCCUACCUCUCCGGCAGCCCCUGAGACUCCAGACUCCUCCCUCCUUGUCCCACCACCUGCCCCUGGUGUGUUCUAAGAGCCAAAUCUCGUUCUCCCAGUUGGGGAAAAACUCCCUCUGACAGCAAAGACCCUAAUAACAUUCCCUGCAGUAUCUUCGUUUUGUCCAUAAACCGAAGUAAAGGAAUUUACCCAUUGACCACACGCUGAUGGCUGCCUAGGCUGUGCUGUGUCAGGCACACACAAGAGACUAACACACUUGUAUUUAAGGAUAUUUCAGAAGUGGGGGUUUUGGCAGGAAGCCUUCCCAGUGUAUUUCAAACAUGGUAGCAGGAGGACCUCAUGGGAAAGAGUGUAUGUGAGAGAGAGAGAGAGCGUGCGCGCACCUGCCCAGGGUUCCAGGCCGCUCCACCUGUGUUGCCCGGGACGGGUCUCUGUGCGUCUGCCAGCCUCGCGGUAACCGGAGGUGCACACAGAUGCGAGGUCAGACGUGGACUGACCUCCCACGUUCCAUUCGGACCCUGCGGGAGGGCUUAGUUGCAGUGGUCCUGGUGAAGAAGCGGGCGGCGCCCACGCCGGAGAGCAGAGGCCGGAGGAAGGGAGCCCUCCUCUCUCAGCUGCCCAAGGGCAGCUUCCUCCCGGGGCUCUGAUUCCCCUCCACGUGCAUUUUCCGCGUGCCCCUGUCACCCCGAAGGCAGGAAACUGGCCAGGGGCAGGAGCUGAAUCUUAACUCUCUGUGCAUAAAACCAGAUCUGUACAGUAUAUCCGUGGCAGUAAAUUUUCACAGGAUGGCGACUGGGGGAGAGGGGAGAAUGGCUUUGGACGUUUUAGAGAAUGCGCCCUAAGGGGGCUAUAAUGGAAACCGGCUGAGGAGGAGACUUACCCCCAAAGACAGGUGUGGCCGGCAGGCGCUGCCGUUCCCAGACCCGCCACCGGAGGGCAGCACCCCAAGCACACCCGAGCCCGCUGCCGGUCUACGGCCUGGAACUUGACAGUGACCGGCCACAGAGGAACGGCUUUCAGAAAACCCCCGCCUGUGGGGCAAAGGCACAUUCGUUCCUGGCGCUCGCUGCCUGCUGCUCCCAAAAAGUUUUCCAUUCACUCCACUUCUAUAACACAAACCUUCCUGGGCCUUGAAGAAACUUAGCAAUGGAAAUUAAAUUCCAGGCUCAAAUUCCACUGGGCCUUUUCAGCUUCGGCCCUAAGCGUGCCCUAGUGUCGUGGGUUGGGGUGGGCUUCCUUUCCGGUCGCCAGCCGCGGCAGGGGCAGCCGGGUCAGGCCCGUACCGGCGCUCUGGGGGUCUAGGUCUGAAGCCAGGACAGACCGUGUCCCGCCAGCCCUGGG